UCAAAAAUGUCUGUCAUCUGCCAGACAUUUAGUAUGGUUGUUUUGAGAAAUGUUUUUCUUCAAUUAGUUUAAAUACAAUUAUCAAAUGCUAGUUCUGACAUGGCGACUUAUUACCAAAGUCCUGAUAGUUAUAGUUUUUGCAUGUCGGGUGUUUUCGCUCAGGAGCACGCCCACUUCGAAUCCCGAAGACUGGAAGGUAAUAGAGUCACUGGCAGAAGAGUAUCCAUAUGUGGUCGGCCUUUUAAAUGGCAUGAAAGAUUACAUCUGCACGGGUAGUAUCAUCAGCAAGCAAUCGAUUUUGACGUCGGGCAGCUGCGUCACCUACGAUCCCAAAUAUGCUCUGAUUAGUGCUGCCAUGUACAACAAACACGUUAACAACGGCACUGUGUUCGAAGUAGCUUACACCAAACUCCACGCAGACUACAUAUUUGAUCUAAAAACUUCGGAUCCCAAUGUCACUCGCAUGCAUAGCAAUAUUGGUCUGGUAUUUGUGACGCGCCCCGUCUUGGAAGUUUUUAUUAAUUCGGCUGACAUUGGCAACUAUUACGCAUCGGAGUUAAAGGAGAAAAAACUAAUAGCCGUUGGCUUUGGAAGACUCAAUACGGCAGAUACGGUAGCACUUCAGCAUCAAGCUUACCAUCAAACCCCAUGUACGAACCCGAAAUGGUACUACUGCGUGUGUGGCAUCGAGUACUCGUCCUACACGAAGACGUACAACUUUGAGUUCGGCACCGGAGCGCCAGUCUUGUAUGGCGCUGAACUAGUUGGCAUUACUGCAACUCCUUGUGGAACUCUAACUAUGAAAAACUUGGGAAUCAAAUAUAAUAUAUUUACCGUCAUAGGACCUUAUCUGCCGUGGAUAGAUAAAUCACAAAUAAACACAGUAAAUAAACAUAAAUUAAAAAGUACUACUGGCGGCACCAGCUUGAAACAAAGUCAAUUAUUCAAACCUUUUUGUAUAUUAUUAGUGAUUAGUAAAGCACUUGCAUAAAGUUAUUACUGGUUUUCCUAUUUAUCGAACCUUAGGACUAAAAUAGGUUCAUUAACUCGUGAUAGACCCAUUGACUCGCUAAUAUUCAAUCGGAAAUUAGCAUGUAUUACGAUCUAACACUAGCAGGGAUCGUAAACAUUUGAUGACGAAUAAAAAAGAAGUCAACACUCGUGAGUAACUCAAUCAUCGUCUGAGUGUGAUCCUGUGUUAGUGCGAAAUAUGAGUCAAGCGAAGAAAUGGGAGCCGUUAAAGAAGGUGGGGAUCAUCGGCGUGCCUUUCGAGAAAGGACAGAAGAAAUAUGGUGUGAGCGUGGCUCCGGCCGCUCUCCGGUACGCCGGCCUAAUAGAGCAACUGUGUGAAAUUGACGGCCUCGACGUGAAAGAUUAUGGUGACAUCGAGACGCCCGGCAUAGAAGAGGUGACGAUGGAAAACAUGGCACACUUGGCUCUGGUGUCAGCCUGCAACAAGAAGCUGUCUAAGCGUGUCUCGGAAGUCAUCAAUGAUGGCCGAGUUGCCGUCACUAUAGGGGGAGAUCACUCCAUUGGCGUCGGCACAGUGGAUGGCCACUACCAGGUCAACAAUGAUAUGAUCCUCAUUUGGGUGGACGCCCAUGCAGAUAUCAACACCAACAAAACGUCAGACUCUGGUUCAGUACACGGCAUGCCAGUUGCUCUGUUAGUUAAGGAAUUCUCUCAUUAUUGGCCCUACUUACCCACGAUGGACUGGCAAGAACCUUUAUUCUCCAUAAACAGUUUAGGAUACAUUGGUCUGCGGUCCGUUGAUCACUACGAACGACUGGCUAUAGAGAAAUACAAUGUGCCCGCGUUUGCUAUGGAGGAUGUUGAGGAGCAUGGAAUCAAGAAGUCAAUUGAACACGUUCUAAAGAGGUUGGACCCUGAAGGCCGCAGACCUAUCCACGUCAGCUUCGACAUCGACUCUUUGGACGCUUUAGAAGCUCCCAGCACUGGCACACCAGUUCGAGGUGGACUGUCCCUUCGGGAAGCUAUCAGUCUGAUGGAAAUAGUGUACGCGACUGGUCGCCUGAGAGCCGUGGAUCUGGUGGAGAUUAACCCUGCAGUUGGUAACGAGAAUGACCGGAAGCAGACCAUCGAGGCAGGAAUGUGUGUUCUGAAGGCAGCUCUUGGAUUUUCUAGGCGAGGCACCGCGCCUCGUGGAGUAUUGGACCUACCAAUUCAGGACUGAAUACUGAAAUCGACUGAUUAGUACGUAUAAAUAAGUCCAACAUAGAACACUAUUCUAACUUAUAUACCAUAUUUAUAACUAUUUACAUAUUUACUAAUGCUCACCUUUUAUAGUAUUUUAAUUAGUUAUCUAUUUAAUUAGGUACCAAUGUACAGAAUCUUCAUCUGGUUAACUUACCUAACAUGAAAAUUUAAUAUUUUGUGGUUACUUUAAUUGGUACCUAGCUUAGGUAUUUGAAGCAUUUACCUAUUCGACGCAAAAAUUGAGCCAAACACUACCUAAUAAUUAACCUAUUUAUGAGAGUUUGAAGGACAUAGAUAAUAC